AUGGAAGUAUUUGACUAUACUUGUGCACAGGAAUCGAACAAUCCUCCAAGUAGUGCCGCUUUCAAAAACGAAUUUCAUCCUGAGAUAUUGUACCAAAUGAGUCCUUUAGAGGAUUGUACAUUGGCAGAAAUGCUAUUGAGACCUUGCCCAACCAAAGCUCUUAGCGGGGCCAUGUUUCCCGAUGGUAAGGACACUGAUAAGGUGCCACGUGUUUACAUCAAGACAUUGCAUGACAAAGUGUACUCACGUGAGCAACAAGAUGUGAUGAUCAAGAGAUGGCCACCGUCUGAUAUUUAUGAAAUUGAUAGUGAUCAUUGUCCUAUGUUCUCUAAUCCCUCUCGUCUCUUUGGCCUAGUUCUUAAAGUUGCUACUAACUUUGAAAGUCAUUAG